AUGUCAGGUCUAGGCGAAUUGGCAAGUGUUAUCGCCGUACUCCAACUAUCGGGCAAGAUUGUCGACUACGUCGGGAAAGUAAAAGACGCCUCGGAAGACCGCAAGCGACUGCGCGGAGAAGUUCGAGCCUGCAAACGUAUACUGCAAGAGCUGAAGGAUGAUGCCGAAGAUAUCGACGAGGGCGAAAGCUUGGUCGACACGAUCAAUGUGCUCGAACGACCUGAUGGACCACUACCCCGACUUCAGACUAUCCUACUGCAAGUGGAGAACCGACUGAGACACGACAAUACUCUGAGGGGCUCAUUGAAGUGGCCAUUUCAAGAGAAGGAUGUACAGAAGCUCAUCCAGUCGAUCGAACGCGAGAAAAUCCUGAUAAACUUGGCCCUAUCGCGAGAUUCUCGGAAGCUGCUUCGGGAGAUCAAGGAAUGCGCGGAGCAAAACAAUCGAGACCUUGCGCUUCUACUGCAAUCGAUGGACAUGAGUGCGAGCAAGAUCGGGGAGGAGUUCUGUAAGCUUAAUGAUCACAUGUCGCAAAUUCAAACGCUCCAGGUCGGUUUGCACCACGACGUCGAACGUCUUCAAAGUACCGACCACCACCGGGAGUCUUCCAAGAAACGCGACGCGGUGCUCCAAUGGCUAUCUACUUAUGAUCAUGCAUCCAAGCAUCAUGAUAUAUUGAGCAAGCGACAAGAGGGUACUGGCAACUGGUUUCUAGAGUCGAAAGCCUACGACACUUGGCUCGACAACUCCAGUGCGAGAAAGCUACUCUGCACUGGCCUGCCUGGGGCUGGCAAGACGAUGCUCGCCUCCAUCAUUAUCGACGAUCUACAAACCCGAUUCCAGACCAACGCCGGCGUAGCAGUCGCCUACUUCUAUUGCGAUUACAGGACUCGCGAUGAGCAAACCCUGGAGUUUAUGCUUUGCAGUCUGUUGAAGGUACUGGCAGAAAGCCAGGAAACUUUGCCGAUACCCAUCGAACAGCUAUAUUCCGACCAUGGGAAGGGCGUCAGACGUCCUUCGUGGAGGACCCUCGCUCAAUGCCUCAAUGACGUGGCUGCGCUGUUCCAGAGACUAUACGUUGUGAUCGAUGCACUAGACGAAUGUCAGGUAUCUGAUGGCUGCAGGAGGAUAAUCUUAUCCGAAUUGUUGAAUCUGCAAGCAAACUCCAGAACAAGUCUGCUAGCGACAUCAAGGACAGUCCCAGAAAUGCUUGCAGAAUUCGGCGCAGAGAAGCCUCUCGAAGUACGUGCUAGUAGCGAUGAUGUUCGCAAAUACGUGGUCGGCAACCUCAACAACAUGCCACAGUUUGUUCAGCGCAAUGUCGAACUCCAGGAACUAAUCAAGCUGAAAAUCGUCGAAUCAGUGGAUGGCAUGUUUCUUCUAGCGAAGCUCUACCUACAAAGCCUAUACGACAAGCGAUCAGCAAACGCGGUACGCAAUGCGCUGAAAGAGAUAACAAAGGAAGCAAGCGGUCAGAAGGCCACUACCGAGACCGAAGCAUAUGACUAUGCGUAUCGACUUACGAUGCAGCGUAUUGAAGAGCAAUCUUCCGACCGAGCAGAGCUUGGUAAAGAGGUGUUAGCUUGGAUUACGUGCUUGAGGCGACCCUUCAAAGCUUCAGAGCUUCGCAAAGCGCUUGGUAUACGAGUGGGGCAGUCUGCAUUCGAUGAAGAUGAUUGUCCUGACAUCAUUGACAUGGUUUCCGCUUGUGCUGGUCUGGUGACUAUCAAUUAA